AGAGAAUUGGCCAACUGCGCGCGCAGAUCCCCGCUUCUUUUUCUCAGCUCAACUUGUGAGGACGCUAUAUAUGACGUCACCGGAGUAGGUCGCGGACACUCAGCUGACUGCAACACUCGGAAAUCCCAACAACCUCCGAACAAUCGACCUCCGCAAUUCUAUAUUCAGAUAAACAGCGAUUGGAAAGAGGAAAUCAUGAUGGCCGAUUCGCUUGAGCAAAUGCACAAAAGUGAUACGAUCAAACUUCGCGAGCGUCACAUCGGACAAUCGUGCAAGCUUUUCUACAAGUCGAGUCCCCUUAAAAUCGUACGUGCUCAGGGUCAGUACAUGUUCGACGAGAAAGGCGAGCGGUAUCUGGAUUGCAUAAACAACGUGGCGCACGUUGGUCACUGUCAUCCUGACGUCGUAAAAGCGGGUCAGCAACAGAUGGCCUUGCUCUACACGAACAAUCGUUUUCUCCACGACAAUCUGGUCGUUUGUGCACGUCGUUUGACAUCUCUCCUGCCGGAGCCUCUCUCCGUUUGUUAUCUCGUCAAUUCUGGCAGCGAGGCAAAUGAUCUGGCACUUCGUCUCGCUGAAGCACACACCGGAAACACAGAUGUCAUCACGGUCGAUCAUGCGUAUCACGGUCACUUAACCUCGAUGAUCGACAUCUCCCCAUACAAGUUCAAUCAGAUAAAGAAUGGAAAAAAGGAUUGGGUCCACGUGGCCCCCUGCCCUGACGUUUAUCGUGGUAUUUAUCGCGACAAAGAUUACCCCAACGAAGAUCUGGGGGUGAAAUACGCUGAUGAGGUGAAAAAAAUUUGCGACGAUGUAAGAGCCAAGGGAAAGCAAAUUCGGGCUUACAUUUCCGAGAGUCUCAUGUCUGUGGGCGGACAAAUAUUGCCUCCAAAAAAUUAUUACCAAAACGUUUACCGACACGUUCGUGAAGCUGGUGGAAUUUGCAUAGCUGAUGAGGUUCAAGUCGGAUUCGGCAGGGUCGGCUCACACAUGUGGGCUUUUCAGUUAUACGGCGACGACGUCAUUCCGGAUAUAGUAACGAUUGGGAAACCCAUGGGUAACGGACAUCCCGUCGCCGCAGUCAUAACGACUCAAGAAAUUGCUGCCAGCUUCAAACAGACGGGACUCGAGUACUUCAAUACUUACGGUGGAAAUCCAGUGUCCUGCGCCAUUGCGAAUGCAGUAAUGGAGGUAAUCGAGCGAGAGGGUCUUCGAGAAAAUGCGACGAGCGUGGGCGAGCACUUGUUGAAGGAAUUGAGAAAAUUGGCGCAAAUUCGUAAGAUGAUAGGUGACGUGCGGGGGGUUGGAUUAUUCAUCGGUAUCGAGCUGGUCCGAGACAGAGAAACGAGAGUGCCAGCAACGGCUGAAGCGAAGCACGUCGUUUCGAGAAUGAAGGAGGAAAAAAUUCUGGUUAGCAGUGACGGGCCUGACAACAACAUAUUAAAAUUGAAACCUCCGAUGGUAUUUACGAUUGCGAAUGCUGAUCGUUUCGUCACGGCCCUCGACGAGGUCCUCCAGGAGCUUGAAGUUGACCCUGAAGUGUCACUGGAACCAACAACGACGAUAAUUCAAGCGGUGAUUUCCACAGUCGAUAUGGAGCCCGAUUCCAACGUUGUCAACGAUGUCAAGAAAAGCGUCUCGAUACGAGCCAGUUAACUGAUCUAUUUCGAUCGUUUUCAUCGAUCACUUAUUUCUCAUUUCAAUCGAUAUUCAACCGAUAUUCAAGGAGCUAUGUAAAUUUGUAUCAUAAUUAGUAUUCGAUAGCGAUAAGAGAAAAACUGUGACGAAAAUCCUUUCUUUUAUAUCUGAAGUUAAAAUGGAUGAUGAGUCGAUAUAAAUAGUUGUAAAUAUCAGAGAUCUGUAAAUAUUCUUAAGACUCCUCGUGUAUUUAGUGCAAUAGUAAUAAAUAUAUUACCGUUUAUUAUUAA